AUGGUCAAAGUUCUACUCACUGGCGGCAGUGGCUUUAUCGCCGCUCACAUCGUUGAUAUCCUUUUGCAACAUGGUUUCGAUACCGUGGUGACCGUUCGGUCGGAGGAGAAGGCUAAGCGCAUUCUUGACGCCCACCCAGACACGCCCAAGGAAAAGCUUUCCUAUGUUAUUGUCAAGGAUGUUGCCCAGGAUGGAGCAUUUGACGAGGCUGUCAAGUCGAACCCGCCAUUUGAUUAUGUUCUCCACACGGCAUCGCCUUUCCACUUUAACGUCAACGAUCCCGUGAAGGACUUCUUGGAUCCCGCCAUUAAGGGGACUACCGGUAUUCUCAAAGCUAUCAAAGCCUACGCACCCUCAGUGAAGCGAGUUGUGGUCACAUCAUCAUUCGCGGCCAUUGUGAAUAGCAAACAACAUCCGAAAGUUUAUAGUGAAAAAGAAUGGAACCCUGUAACAUGGGACGAGGCUAUGGAUCAUUCACAAGUCUAUCGGGCCAGCAAGACCUUUGCCGAGAAAGCAGCAUGGGAUUUUGUUGAAAAGGAGAAGCCCAACUUCGACAUUGCAACCAUCAAUCCACCAUUGGUUUUCGGUCCCAUUGUUCAUUACUUGAACUCUCUGGAGGCUAUCAACACUUCGAACCAGCGGGUGCGGGAUAUUAUUCAAGGGAAGUUUAAAGAGAAGAUUCCUCCGACAGGAACCUUCCUUUGGGUAGAUGUUCGUGAUGUUGCACUAGCACACGUCAAGGCCAUUGAGGUCGCUGAGGCAGGUGGCCAGAGAUUCUUCGUCGUGGCUGGAUAUUUCUCUAACAAGCGAGCUGUCGACGCCAUUCGUGAGGCACACCCUAAGCUGGAGUCAAAGCUUCCUUCUCCAGAUGUGGCGGACGACUUCCCCAGUAACAUUUUCGAGUUUGACAACAGCAAGUCCCGGGAAGUCUUGGGGCUGAACUAUCGGCCUUUUAAGCAGACGAUCUCGGACACAGCCGAGUCUCUAUUGGAUGUUGGUGCUUGA